AGCUAAAUAAAGGCAGGCCCGUCUUAGAGGGGAUCCCUGGGGGGAAAGAGACUAGCAUAGGUUCCUCGCAAGAUGCCACCCGCUUCAUUCAAGUGUCUGGCAGCACUGUGUUCCUGUUAGAGCCACCAGCACAAGCACCAGACGAUGCUGAUCCAGGUGAAAGCCCCAGUGCAGCAGCAACAGCACAUGAUGGAGAUGAUGAGGAGACCAUCUCUCUGGAUUCCAGAAGGCAUGAGGACCCAGAUGCUAUACAGUGGGAAAACCAGCCUGGCAACAUAAGCUCACAAGCUAUCAAAAAGUUGUAUGGCAACCACCUCCGGCGCCAAAUAGAACUGGCAGACAUAGACAUUCAGUACAAGAAGAAACAGAUGGAAAAUCUUGCGCUGGAGUCCGAAAUAAAAAAGAGGACAAUUAGGAAACUGGACCUUGAAAUAAAAAAACUUGAGAGGGAGCUCCAAGAAGAUGACACAGCUCAAAAUAAAAAUUAGCAAUCAGUUCAACCAAGUCAUCGUUAUAAGGCACCGGCCUCUUUUGCCCACCCCCCCAGCACCAGGUGUGGCCACUAGCCUAUAUGAAGGCCCAAAAUUGUGUGUUCCUUUCUGCUCUGACAAUGGCAUGCCCAUUCUUGCGAGAUGUGGUGGAUGAAGAAGCACUUGUGCUGAGGAGAGCCUUCAGGCGAGAAAGGGUCUUCAGGGACCGGUUGGACCCACUGGCCUUCCCUGAUGACCAUCUAUAUGAAAGAUACAGGUUUUCUGCAGAUGGCAUCAGGUAUCUAUGCAGACUACUGGGUCCCAGGAUUAAGCACCGCACUGCACGGAGCCAUGCACUGAGUGUGGAGCAAAUGGUUUGUGUGGCCUUGCGCUUUUUUGCUAGUGGAGCCUUCCUGUACUCAGUGGGGGAUGCAGAACAGCUGAACAAGGCCACAAUUUGCCGCACAAUAAGGAGUGUGUGUCUGGCUAUCAAAGCAUUAGCAGAUGUCUUCAUCUCCUUCCCUGGCCACAGAAGACUAUGUGACAUCAAAGAGGAGUUCUAUAGGAUUGCAGGUUUCCCCAAUGUCAUUGGUGCAGUGGACUGCACACACAUAAGGAUAAAAGCCCCCUCAGGUGCCCAUGAGGCCGAUUUUGUGAAUAGGAAAUCCUUUCACAGCAUUAAUGUUCAGAUGGUCUGCAAUGCUGACUGUGUGAUCAGCAAUGUUGUGGCAAAAUGGCCUGGCUCAGUCCAUGACUCCAGAAUCUUUCGGGCCUCUGAAAUCUAUCAGUGCCUAUCACAAGGUGAAUUCUCUGGUGUGUUGCUGGGAGACAGGGGGUAUGGCUGCCAGCCUUUUCUCCUGACACCUUUCACAGACCCCCAGGAAGAACAGCAGGCCUUCAACCAUGCCCAUGCCAGGACCAGGGCCAGAGUUGAAAUGACCUUUGGCCUCCUGAAGGCACGCUUUCACUGCCUUCACAAGUUAAGGGUCAGCCCUGUUAGGGCAUGUGAUAUUACUGUGGCUUGUGCUGUCCUCCACAAUGUAGCCUGCCUGAGGAAGGAGAGGACCCCCAGAGUGCCACCAGCCAUGGACUGGGACAAUCCGGCAAUCUUCCCUGAUGACGACAGUGGUCGGCUGCUGAGGGACCAAUAUGUGUUGAAUUAUUUUAGUUAGUAUGUGUGCUUUCAAUUUUGGUUAAAUAUGUCCUGCGGUGGCAGAGGAAUUUGGC